UAGUUGUUUGGAAUAACGGCCCACCCUCCUGCUCUCAGGGCCACCGCCCAACAGAAACUGAAAUCUGGGAGACUCUCACCCCUUUCGGGUCCUAAACCUCGGAAAGAAGACUACGCUCCUCCUUAGGCGAGGGGCGCUGGCCGCGGGCCCAAGGGCAGCUGACCGUUCCCACGCCCGCCCGCCCGCAGCGGUCCUCCGGUCAGAUCCCCGCUCCGAGGCAGAGAGGCGGGAUGGCAGCCGUCGACCUGCAGGAGGAGCUGACCUGCUCCAUCUGCCUGGACUAUUUCCAGGACCCCGUUUCUAUCGAGUGCGGCCACAACUUCUGUCGUGACUGCCUGCAGCGCGGCUGGGCGGGGAAAGGGAAAACCUGCCCCGAGUGUCGCCAGCUGUCGGCGCCCUCCACUAUGCGCCCCAACAGGGCCCUGGCCAGGCUGACGGAGAGAAUGCGAUGCCGGCGCCCGGAUUCGGCGCUCCCAGAUCUGUGCGGCCGCCACUGGGAGCCGUUGCGGCUCUUCUGCGAGGACGACCAGCGGCCAGUGUGCUUGGUGUGCAGGGAGUCCCAGGAGCACCAGGACCACGACUUGUCGCCCGUGGACGAGGCCUUCAAAAGCUACCGGGAGAAACUUCUAACGUCUCAAUUUAGCCUCCUGGCCAAGAUUAAGAAAGCCACACAAUUACAGAACAUGGAGGAGAAGAAUGCUGCCAAGUGGAAGGAGAAAAUGAAGAAUCAGCGAAGGAUAAUUGCUGCAGAAUUUUCAAAGCUGCACCACUUCUUGGCUGAAGAAGAGCAGCUUUUUCUUCAGAGACUAAGUGAAGAAGAAGAAGAGACAAAGAAGAAACUGAAUGAGAACAAAUCAACGCUCAAUCAAAUAAUCUUUUCUUUGAGGAAUCUCAUCUUAGAGGUGGGAGAGAAGAGCCAAGCCUCCACUCUGAAACUGCUCCAGAAUCCGAAAGGUGUGUUGACCAGGAGUGAGAACCAGGGUGUGAACUAUUCCGUUGAAGUUCUGAAAGUGAAAACAGUGUGCCAGAUAACACUGAUGAAGGAAAUGUUGAAGCAGUUUCAAGUAACUGUAACCCUAGCUGAAGACACAGCUCAUCCCAAACUUGUCUUCGCCCAGGAAGGAAGAUAUGUGAAAAAUGCAGCACCAGCUGGUUCUUGGCCAGUAUUUUCUACAGCAUGGAACUACUUCAGUGGAUGGAGGAAUCCUCAGAACAGCAAAGAAGAGAAAUUUCAAUACUUACCCUGUGUUCUGGGAAAAAACGUUCUCACCUCAGGGAAACAUUACUGGGAAGUUGAGAGAAGAGAUGGCCUGGAGAUUGCUGCUGGGGUGUGUCGGGAGGAUGUCAUGGGGAUUACCAGUAAUUCAGAAAUAUCCCCUCAUAUGGGAAUUUGGGCCAUUUAUUGGAGUGGGGCUGGCUAUCGACCUGCAACGAGCUCUUCUGUUACCAUGCAAGAGCCAGCUCCUCACCGGGUCGGGAUUUACCUAGAUCAUGAGGCUGGGAGUGUCUCAUUCUACAGUGCUGUGGAUGGAGUGCACCUAUAUACUUUUUCUUGUUCUGUCUCACGCCUCCGUCCAUUUUUUUGGCUGAGUCCCUUAGCAUCUUUAGUCAUCCCACAAUCGACUAAUAAGAAAUGAUGCUAUUCUUUUGCUGCCCAAGAAUUCCUCCUCAUACUCCAGCUAAGGGCCACAAAUCCCUUGGUCCUUUCUUUGACUUCCUAUGUCUAUCCUGAGUAAUCCAACAGCAUUAUCCACUCAGAUUCCAGUUGUAGAGUCUGUUCAACUCCCUGCAUAUCCUGUGCAUUAGAGAUACAGGAGGUGCCAUUCAUUGACUUCAGUAGCCAUUUCUCUACUUUUUUACUUCUAUUCUGGAUCUUCCUUAUUAAACUGUCUAGCAUUCGCCUUCCAUGUGCUUCAACAGUGGGAGUCCCAUACAAGGUAGUUCUGGCCAAUGGGAUGGGAAAUUUUCCAACAUUCUUUUGAGAAUGUUUCUGUAGCUUUUAAAAAGAUGUUUGUUUUAGAAAAAAGAAGAAAAAAAAAAACCA